AGGCUGAGUUCCCAGGGGCCCUGCUGCACUAAUGGUAAUUGGACCUGAGGCCGACGCUCAUUCAUCACUGUGGGUUGGGCAGCGAGCAAUUCCUGUGGGCUGGAAGUUGUAUAAUCUAUCACUCCUAAGCCUCCAUUUACAGUGACAUACACAGGCUUCAAAGUAGCCUCCAUGCACAACCUCUUCUCAUCAUGGGCAGCAUAGUGUACUCUGCACCUGCUGGGAAAUGUACAUAUUCGUAGCCUAACACUGAGAGACUGCCAUGCGGUCAGGACACACCCGCCAUAUCGUCUCUCUCUGCCUGUGCCCCGUGAGCCACUCUGGGACGCAGCAGCUUCACGCAGCCAUAGUGACGCCCGGACGUAGAGGGGGCAGUGCUUUACCGCUCGCACAGCAACGGUUGCCAGGGCAACGUAGAAUGCAGCUACUGUACAUGAAAGGAUCGAGUGUCGGGCUGUGAUCGAACCUCAGGAGACACCGAGACCCGCUGGGGGAUCCGACUGAAAGAGAUAUCAUGGGAGCCUGAGCACUUAGUGUCAAGAAUGCCAACCAAAAGUGCCAAGUCCAAGGGCUCAGCCAAACCCAAAAGUAAAGGAAAGAAGUCCAAAAAAUCAAAGAAGAGUAAAGAGCCUAAAGCUGUGGUGGAUAUACUCAGCCCAGAAGCCAUGCUGAAUGCUUACUAUAUCUCUCACAAUGUUGUGGACUGCUUGGGAUUUCGAGGAUUUAGCUGGCCUGGAGCCCCAAAAAAGAAAGGAAAGAAAGGAAAAAAGAAAGGAAAGAAGAAAUAAAUAGUACUAGUGUUGGAUAUAUCGUAACAACAUUUCAUGAUCUUUUUGUGCCAAAUACUGGAAAUGAAGAAAUCCAUAAGCGAAUUACGUGACUGUACUCUUUAAUUGUGACCUUCAGCAUCAGAUGCCUCCUUAGAUUUUCACUAUUAAAUCUUUAGCAAUAAACUGUAGAGUUUAGUGCCAAUGUAAGUUUUUUUUAAUGAUAAAUAAUAAUCACCCACAUUGAGUACAGUGAUGGUCAUUAAAUGGUCCAUCGACCAUAGUUAUUUCCUUAAUAAUAGUCUUCCUAGUGUUUCCUACUGGAAGGUGAGUCCUUUUCAGAAGCUCGACUAGACAGCUAUGCCAACCUACUGUUUGGGUAGCAUGAAUACUUUGGGCCUGUUUUGCUCCUUGAUAUAACUAACAUGUUACAUUACAUUUGAGGGGGCUCUUAUUCAACUGUUCAUAUUUAACUGCUGUUGAGCUGGGAAUGGCCCACACUGUUUCCUAACUCCAAAUUUCAGUAUUAAAGGUCAGCUGUCCAGUAUUUUUAUGCUACAAGCAAUAAAAAAUAUGCUUUUGUAUGAUU